GAUCGUGAACCCUUUAAAAUUAUUUUCAAAAGUUUGAAUUUCGAACGAGCUUCAGCAAGUUUUUAAAAAUAUAAAUGGCGGGGUUAGAAGGCUUGAGUGAUCACGAUAAGGCCGUGUUGAGGAGUAUUUUCGAUCCUACGGCUACUAUUGCUGAUGUUGACGUGAAUGAAGAUACAUUUGAGGAGGAAGAUGAUGAGGCAACAACCGACGCUGAAAAGCAGUCAGUGCAACUCUGCGCCCAAGGUGUACGAUUAGCCAAUGAAGGCAAACUGGACGAAGCCUUAGAGGUGCUCAGUAAAGGCGUCAAGUUAGCUCCGGAGCGAGCGUCCGCGUACAAUGACAGGGCGCAGCUUUUGCGUCUCAUGAAGAAAGAUGAUGAAGCCAUGGCGGACUUAGACCGCGCACUCCAUCUGACGGCGGGACGAAAAACAAAAGCGCGCGCCCUAGCUCUGUGUCAGCGCGGUGUCCUCUUGCGGAAGCGGGGUGACGAUGCCCGCCCAGUGUUCCUCGAGGCGGCCAAGCUUGGCAGUGGAUUCGCCAAAAAACAGGUGGUCGAGCUGAAUCCCUACGCUGCUCUCUGCAACCAGAUGUUGAGUGAAGUCAUGAGAGGAGGAGAGGUGAAGUUGGCCGGCAUCCCGGAGACAGAGCAGUAAGGACGGUGGAAUU